CUCAUCGCCAAUUUAUACCGCGAAAUUACUGCGACAACUCUCGCCACCUGUCUUUUCUAACGUUCACCUCCUACCGGGCUCAAGGAGAGAGGAUUUGGUUUCCAACGCCUGGAACAUAAAACACGACAUCAUUAACUGGUUUCAAAUGGACCGCAGGGUUGUUGGACAUAGAUAGCCCUCUGCUGUCCUGUUAGUAUUGUGUUUUACCCUCUUGGAAGGAUAUUAUAGGUAAUUGGCGGCACAUCACAUGUUUUAAAGAUAUGGACGGUGUGCGGCUGGUGUGUGUGCUGAGUGUGUACGUUUGGGUUCAGAGUGGUGCAGGAAGAACAGCACAGGCCCAUGCAGACCAUCGUCCGGUAUCCAAUAAAGCCUCAGAUCUGUGUCUGAUAGAUCUGCAGCUGUGUCAGGAUGAGAAUGCGAUGUUGAGCUUUGAGGCGAUCCGAAGUGUCCACAAACUGAUGGACGACGACGCAGAUGGGACAGUGGAUAUGACCGAGACAGAUGGGUUCCUCAGGGAGGACCUCAUGUAUCGUGAUCCCAAGGCCAAACACAGCAGCUUCCACAGAGCCGAUCUGCUCAUCAGCGUGGAGGACAUGUGGAACGCAUGGCAGACCUCAGAAGUGUAUAACUGGACCAUUGAGGAGGUAGAAGAUUGGCUGGCUCACCAUGUAGAGCUAUCUCAGUACACAGACAGCUUCAGAAAAAAUAAACUUGAUGGCAAGGCCUUACCAAGGUUAGCAGUGAAGAACACCACCUUGACCCAGUCUGUUCUAAAGAUUCUGGACCGGAGCCAUGCCCAGAAGCUCCAGCUCAAAGCCCUGGACACUGUUCUGUUUGGACCACCACUGAGCAGACAGGGUCAUUGGAAGGACUUCGUCCUGGGCUUCUCCAUUCUGAUGGGAAUGGGGGGUUGCUGGUUUGCCUAUCUCCAGAACCGGCACUCCAAAGACCACAUGGGGAAGAUGAUGAAGGACCUGGAGGGACUGCAGAGGGCUGAGCAGAGUCUCCUGGAUCUACAGGAGAAGCUUCACAAGGCCCAGGAGGAACAGCGCUGUGUAGAGGUGGAAAAGGUCAAUCUUGAGGAGAAGCUGAGGGACGAGAUCAACUCAGCCAAGCAGGAGGCACAACGGCUGAAGCAGCUUCGUGAGGGCACCGAGAAUGAGAGGAGUAGGCAGAAAUAUGCAGAGGAGGAGCUUGAGCAGGUGCGUAUGGCCCUGAAGAAGGCAGAGAGGGAGCUGGAGUCAAGGGCACGAUGGGCCCCUCCUGAGGCCCUGCAAACAUGGCUGCAGUUGACCCAUGAGGUGGAAGUCCAGUACUACAACACCAAGAGACAAAACGCAGAGAGACAGCUGCUACAGGCUAAAGAGGGGGCAGAGAAGAUCAAGAAGAAAAGGAGUUCUCUGUUUGGGACGUUCCAUGUAGCCCACAGCUCCUCAUUGGAUGAUGUUGACCACAAGAUACUGACUGCCAAACAGGCCCUGGGUGAGGUGACAGCAGCCCUUAGAGAGAAGCUUCACCGCUGGCAGCAGAUAGAGUGUCUUACAGGCUUCUCAUUGGUCAACAAUCCAGGCUUGUCCUCACUGGCCACUGCUCUCAACCUGGACCCCUCCUUCCUGGGCCUGCGACCUCCAACCCCACAGCAUCUCCUCCUCUCUGACGAUCUCGACGACAUGGAUGAGGACAUCCUGUCACCUGGGACUCUGCGGUCUCCGAGUCUGAUGCCCCUGCGACAGAGGAUAGGAGACCCUGCGCUGACCCACAGUUCUCAGAGGGAUAUCAUGAACCGGUCUGACUCGGACUCCUCCCUCCCGCUGCCCCUCAGGGAAUCACACCACUUGUCCUCUGACUCCAAAAACCUCCAUCUGUCAUCAACACCCUUACCACAGCCAAACCAUGGCUCUGACAGGGCCUCCCCCUUUGUGGUGUCAUGCAGUGGCCUUGAGAAGAGCUCGAGCCUGGGGGAGUUGAGGGGUGGCUCCGCUGACCUCACCUCUGCCUAUUCCACACGCUCCCUCUGCGCCUCAGCCCCUGGCCCUGACACACUGGGAUCCUCACCAGGGACAGGGAGCAGCCGGAGGAUCCCACAGCUCCCCACCAGGAGGAGCCCCUUGGAGGAGGACAGCUGCUCCAUCUGUGAGGAAACCGACUCUGUUGGUGGACGGAAGAGACACCCCUUUAACAAGAUCUUCAAGAAGAAGAAGUAGAGCUUUGAGCUCUAUGACGGAGGGGGUCAGAGAAGAAGAACAAAACAUCAGGAUCCUGGAGCUGUGA